UAAUUAUGCAAGAUGAGCAUAAGAAAUUGGGGUUAGAUAGUUUUUGUGCCAACGAUGAGUCAACUGCCCAUGCUUUCCGCCGUCCUCUGCUUCAUCGUCGUUGCAGCAGCAACCGCCGCCGAUGAGGCCUUCGUCUACAAUGGAUUCGUAGGGGCAAACCUGAGCCUCAACGGUUUUGCGGAGAUCACCGGCGACGGACUCAUCAAGCUCACCAACGACACAGAACAAGCCCAAGGACACGCUUUCUACCCGCUUCCUCUCCGUUUCAAGGACUCCGCUACCGGCGCGCCUCGGUCCUUUUCGGCCACCUUCGUGUUCGCCAUCGUGCCGGAGCACUCCGAUGUGAGCGGCCAUGGCAUUGCUUUCGCUAUCGCUCCGUCCGUCGGUAUUCAAGGCUCCAUGCCCAGUCAACACCUCGGCCUCUUCAACGUCUCCAACAUCGGCAGCCCCAGCAACCACAUCGUGGCCGUCGAAUUCGACACCGUCAUGUCCGUGGAGUUCUACGACAUCAACAACAACCACGUCGGGAUCGACGUCAACACCUUGGUGUCGGCGAACUCCUCGCCGGUGGCCUAUUUCGAAUCCGGCAUCCCCAAGAACCUCACGCUGAUAAGCGGCGACCCGAUGCAGGUGUGGGUCGACUUCGAUGGCCGCGACCUGCUGCUCCAAGUCGUGGUGGCUCCUCUCUCUGUUUCCAAACCAGAGAUUCCCAUCGUUUCCUCAAAGAUCAAUCUUUCCUCCAUCGUCUUGGAUGAGAUGUUCGUGGGCUUCUCUGCCUCCACCGGCGCCGCCACAGGAUCCCACUACAUUCUCGGAUGGAGUUUUAACCUCAACGGAGAUGCGCAACCCCUCAACAUCUCGAAGCUUCCUCCAGUUCCUCUUCCCAGAAGCCAAAAGAAGAAAUCCGAUGUCUUGGCGAUUAGCCUUCCUCUAGCUACUGUAAUCCUCUCAUCGAUCUGCAUAACAGCGAUGAUUUUCAUCGCUAUAAGGAGGAGGAAAUUUGCAGAGUUAUUAGAGGAUUGGGAGCUGGAGUACGGACCGCACAGGUUCUCAUACAAAGAUUUGUACCGAGCGACCAGAGGCUUCAACGAGGCGAACCUCCUAGGCGCCGGCGGCUUCGGCCGGGUCUACAGAGGCGUGCUACCGUCGUCAAAGGUCGAGGUCGCGGUGAAGAGGGUCACCCACGAAUCGAAGCAGGGGAUUAAGGAGUUCAUCUCGGAGGUCGUGAGCAUGGGCAAGCUGAAGCACCGGAACCUGGUGCAGCUCCUCGGCUACUGCCGACGGCAGGGGGAGUUGCUCCUGGUCUACGAUUAUAUGCCCAAUAGAAGCCUGGAUAAGUUCAUCUUCUACAAGGACCGACCGCGGCUGGAUUGGUCGCAGAGGUUCCGCGUCGUGAAAGGCGUGGCGGCGGGGCUUUAUUACUUGCACGAUGGAUGGGAGCAAGUGGUGAUUCACAGGGACAUCAAGGCCAGCAACGUGCUGCUCGACGGGGAGUUUAAUGGGAAGCUGGGGGACUUUGGGCUCGCGAGGCUGUACGACCACGGGGAAAAUCCGCACACCACGCACAUCGUGGGGACCUUGGGGUACCUUGCGCCGGAGCUGAGCAAGACGGGGAAGGCGACGAAGGAGACGGACGUGUACGCCUUCGGAGCCUUCUUGCUGGAGGUCGCCUGCGGGAGGAGGCCGCUGGAGGUGAAGGGGUCGGCGGACUCUCCGGGACUGGUGGAGUUCGCGCUCGAGUGCUGGAAGAAGAAGGCCCUUCUGGAGGCGAGGGACGCGGAUUUGGGGGAGGAAUUGGCGGCGGCGGCGGAGGAGGAGGUGGAGGCCGUGCUCAAGCUCGGGCUGCUCUGCUCGCACCCUGAUCCUAUGGCCAGGCCGACCAUGAAGCAGGUGGUGCAGUUCUUAGAAGGCGACGCUUCCUUGCCGAGCAUGUUGCCGGAGGGAUUGAUCGACGGUGUGGCCACGCUGAAGUAUGACGAGUCCUUCGACGAUUUCCUCAAGCUCUAUCCGUCCUCUUCACAUGCUGAAGCACUUCUACAGCAGUCGUCGCCAUUAUUUUCAGGCGGUGGAUGAACGAUUGCUGGUCACUAUUAAUUGUCUGAUUUUGUUAGAAUUACGACUUUGUUUGUAAAUUUGUUUUCCCCCAUCGGUUUUUAAGCUUUUCAGUGACACUCACUGUGGGAUGAACAGGCACUGUAUACAUAUUAACCAGGCAGAUACUCCAUUGUCGAGUUUUCAGAGGUUUAAGAAAUAGCGCCUUAAAGUUGUGUAACUGUC